AUGUUGCUGUCCGUCUCUUCUCCGCUGGCAGAUACCUCCAAUCUAACUUGUUGGUAUGACUCACGGGCAACAUUAUUUUGCACUUGGAACCCAGGCAGGGACCUCGCAGAAGCACCAUGCCAUCUGGAGAUUUUAUCAAAGUUAGCUUUGUGCGACAGGUCAUUUUCUUUACCUGAAAAAUUCAAAGAGCACUGUGAAUUACCCAAGGCAGAACAUGUAACAGGACUUAGGAGAUGCAUAAAGACCUUCAGCAAAAACAGUAAUACUCAAUGCUUCACCACUGCAGACAGUCUAACCAUAGCUGUACGCUGCCAAAUUGGAGAAAAUACAAUUACACCUGUGCAAAAGGAGAAUUUCCAUCCACUUUCAAAUAUCAAGCUGAGACCUCCAGGAAAUCUUCAACUGAUUAGGAAGACUAAAGACACCUACAAUUUAACAUGGACUAUGAAUAUUUCCUCUCACUACUUAGAUGGUGAGCGGGAAUAUCAAGUGCAAUACCGAACCAUUCGUCAGCCCUGGGAGGCAGCCAAGACGUUUAACAUUGUGCAGGACCAGAUGUGGGUAAUGUUUGAGAAACUCUCCCCUAACCUGAAAUAUGAGGCAGCUGUCCGCGCAAAACCCAGUGCCUCAAGUACCUGCAAAGGCGUAUGGAGUGACUGGAGUGAGACAAUAUUGUGGAGUGCACAUGCUGACCAAACAUCCUUCCCAGUACUACUAGUUCUUAUUGUGAGUAUUUGCAUCCUUGUGAUCAUCGGGACUGCCCUCCUUGUUAACUUGAGGACCCUGAAAUGGUUUAAGAAGAUGCUGAAGAUUCACAUCCCAGAUCCCGAAAAGUUCUUCCCCCACCUCAUCACAGUUCAUGGAGGUGAUGUUCAGAAAUGGCUCUCCUCUCCAUUCUCCACAUCUUCCUACUAUGUGAGCAGCACAACUUCAGAAAUCUCUGUGCUUGAGGUUAUGCAGAAGAAAGAUCAUGAAUCCCAGUUUCUCCUUUCCAAGGGCAUGCAGCCCUCUGAUCCUUCCUUAGAAACCAGUGGGCACUCUGUGUCCAGCUGCUUCACCAACCAAGGCUACUUCUUCUUUCACCUUCCCAACUCCUUUGAGAUUGAACCCUGUCAGGUUUACUUCACCUAUGAGCCUUUCUCCCAAAAGAAUAGUGCCAGCAAGGACGACGAGUCUUAUCAAGCUCUCUCUUCCCCUGACCUCUGCAUGCUGGCAGAGGACGUGCCUGUGUUGUCCCACAGCUUCCUCCACUGCAUCAAGGGAACCCAGGGCUUCCAGAAUGGUUCCUAUAUGGAAGAGACAGAGAGUGAAGUCCAGCAGGACAUGACUAUUUCUGAGACUCUCCCAUCAACCGAGAGCACCUCUCCAACACCAGCUCUGAAGCAGGAUGAAGAAGUUACAGACAAAACAGCUUUACAGCCCUCCAAGACCUUGUGCCAGCUAGACACAGUCUUUCCUGACCCACCAGACCUGCAUGACAGCAAUACUAGUAAGACCACAGAGGGGAGUGGGAAUGCAAUUCAUUCGAUCAAUCCUGGCACUCCAGAGGCAUAUAUUAGCUCUUCUUUUCCUCAGCCUGUAUCUCUGGAGCAAACCCAAACUGAAGAUCCCUGCAGAGCAGCCUUCUCCGGCCAAAUCCCAAAUACUGGUGCAUACCUUUCUUUGAGAGACCUGCAAAGUCAAUAUGGCUAUCACUCUGUCUAA